AUGGGUUCCCGAGACUCGUUUGCCCAGGCCGAGGGCGUUCCCCGGUUCUGGUAUCGCGACAACUUCUUCCUCACAAACGACAAGUCCUACUUGUGUCCUCAGACCUUUAACCAGUCCCUCGAUGACAACUGGUGGAGCAGCCCUCUACCCCAUGGGCAGCUCCAGAAGGUCCUGAACAACUGCCUGACCCUGGCAGUCUACUGGACUCCACAGACUGCCGAAGAUAUGAAGAAAAACGGCAUCGCUCGUCCCAAGGAUGGUUCUCGACACAAGAUGGUUGGCUUCGCCCGCGUGGUGACCGACUACGUCACCCUGGCCUACCUCACAGAUGUCUUUGUCGUCGACGAGUUUCAACGUCGGGGACUUGCCUCGUGGUUGAUGCGUGCCCUAAAGGAACUCGUCAACGACUGGAAGGACAUGCGUGGCCUCCUCCUCAUGACCCACGACCAAGCCGCCGCGAGGCUCUACCGGAGGGAGCUUGGCGCCAUGGAUUUCGAAAAGGGCCCUUCAGCCGGCCUGGUGAUGCUGGAGAUGCCUGGUCCGGCAGAGAAGCCCACCCCCAAGCAUUGA